AUGGCUAUGGUGGAGUUAAUCAAGGAAAUGAAGGAGGACAAUCGCUCCAGGAACGAGGAACUGGUGAUGAUGCAACGACAAGCGGCCGACAGAACCGAGGAGCUAAUGAAACUACAUCGCCAGGCUAGUGAUGGAAGACAAGCCCACCCCGAAGGCCGAAUCUACUCCCCCCGAGACAGGAUCAGGCGGAAAGAGAUCACCGCGUCAGAGGACGGGUCCAAUAUAAAGUCAUUCCUGAGCCUAGUGGAGCGGGAAUUCAGGGACUCUGAGGUACCAAUGGAAGAGUGGGGAGGACUUCUGGGAAAAUACCUAACGGGCAAGGCCUUAGCUUUCGUGGAAUUCCUGAAACAGUCCGGAGUAGAUAUGACGGACUGGAACCAUGUUCGAAACAGGCUGUGUGAGAAGUUCUGCUCGCUGACGCGGGAGACAAUGAUAGACAUGUUAGCUGAGAAUCGUUGGACAGGGGACUACUCUGGGCACAUUGCUCGCUUCACGGACGUAGUAUCGAUGGGCGCGCACAUACCCGCAGAGGAACUAGUGACGUGGUUCUUUACGCUACUGCCUCCAGAGAUAGGGGAAAGAAUUACUAGAGAGGGAACUAAGGAGUUUCACGACUGGCAUGAGGCAGCGGCGGCCUUGCGGGACUGGGCCAUACCUCUAGAGGCGUGGCGCGCCAGAAGGAUACGAAGUUUACAGGAGUUCACGGCUCGCGGAAGGCGGCGCCCGGGGUUAGAAGGAAGCGUGAUCACGUCUGGGAGGACCGCCCCAGUGAAGGGAGACGCACGCUCUAGGCCGAACUGGCAGACAGAUGGCCCGAGGGACCAGGACGUAGCUGGACCUGAUGCCAUCUCAGUCCCAGUCUCCCCCAACCCGGGACAGGAAGAGACGGGCGAAGGAGUCAAGAGGAGACACGUGAUGUUGGUGGGAGACCGCAUAGAAACGGGUAACGAAUGCAACGAGAACGAAGGCGGGCAGGCGAAACCGAACGAAACGGAUUUGAAGGGCCAAGAAGAGAAAGGCGAAGCGGUCGAAUGUGGUGAACUCACUCACGGCCCCGGAACGGAGCCCGUAAGGGGGGCAGAAACCGGAAACUCAAAAAACAAGGGGAAAGAGGAGAAUAUCGAAGGAGAUCGGCUAUUACCCGAAUGGCUAUGGUGGCAAGGAGGUGGCGCCCCAGAGCGAACGCUCGAAUAUUUGGGUCCACUUUGUGGAAUCGGCGAAUCUGCAGUACUCGAGUUCGAAAUUACCGGUCCAGGGUACGAAGGACUGCUCGACACCGGAGCUUCACGAAGUUUCAUCCGCCCAGCGGCGGUGGAACAACUGGGACUAAAGGUACGGACAUUGAGGGAGCCUUUCUCAUUCACAGUAGCGAACGGCGCCACCAUACAUAUCGAUAAGGAAGUACCGAGACUGACCAUGUUGUGCGGAGGAGAAUGCUUUACCGGGGACUUCCUGAUCGGUCCCAUACCGUUCCCUAUCAUCCUGGGAAUAGAUUGGUUAGUGAACCACAAGGUAGCCUGGUAUUUUCAGUCAGACAAGCUUAGGACGUAUGUUAACGGCCGAUGGUGCGACUUACCAGUUCUCAGGAAAGGAGGAGAGGCGACCUCCCAAGGGGAAACGACGAACAAGGAUCGGACGAAGACGGCUGCGGACCGUGCUUACGAGGAGUUGGCGGCGCAGGACAUCCUGCAACGAGCAAGGGAGGACACGGCUAACCUGAAGAGGGCGCUUGAAGGCCUACAUUUCGUUUUCGCGUCACCGGCUACGGAACCAGAGCAGAUUAUACACGUGCCAACCGAGGGGCAAGGGCCACUACUUUGCGCACUGGUGGAACACACGAGUUCCACCCCUAACAGGCGGGACUGGACGCACGGGGAGGCUGGCGAGACCUAUGGCACGCCCCAGGCAGACGACGACGAGUCACCAUGGCCUAAAGCUCAACUAUCGUAUACCGAAUUCGACGCGUGGAUGGCAGGACCCGAGGCACCCCGAAUACCAGAGCCGAUCUUGACAGUGUUGCAACAACACAGGAAACUGUUCCCCGAUAGCCUACCAGGCGGACUACCUCCCAAGAGACCCUACGACCAUAGGAUCCUCCUCUUACCAGGCAAACUCCCGACGCGAGCUCCAAUAUACAAGAUGCCGCCCGAUCAGCUGGCCCACCAUAACAAGGAGAUAGCUCGUUUGAUAGCUAAAGGUUGGAUAGGACCCACGUACUCGCCCAUCUGCGCGCCCAACAUAAUGGAUGAUAAGCGGGAUGACGGAAGCGGCGAACGUAAGAUGCGGAUGGUAGUGAACCACCAGGCCCUGAACGCGUUGACUAUUGCACCCGAGUUCCCCAUGCCCAGUGGGCAAACGGUGCUCGAGAUGCUUGGUGGAGCAGCCUACUUCUCGACAUUAGAUCUAGAGGCAGGUUUUCACCAAAUCCGCAUGGCCCGAGAGGACCGCUGGAAGACUCCCUUCCGUUCGGUGCAGGGCCUCUUCGAGUACAAGGUAAUGCCCUUCGGUCUCAAAGGGGCACCUGCGACCUUUCAAGCUAGUAUCAACGCCUACUUACAGCCGUUGCUCGGGAAUGGGGUUAUCACCUACCUCGAUGAUGUCCUAGUCUACAGCGCGAUCAUAGAGUCGCACACCCAACUCCUGAAACAAGUUUUGGGAAUUUUCUAA